AGCUGAAGAGAUUUGGUGUCGCUACAGUCGUGGACCACGGGGAAGUUCGCCAGUGCUCAAUCGAGCCUCGCGCUAUAUCAAGCAUACUUGCCGUCUUUCUCUCUCCCUUCUUGGCCAUCUCUUUCCUUUUCUUCUGUGUUUCUUUUUCUCUCUCCCCCUCCCUCUCUCUUUUCCUCUUUUUCUCUCUCUUUCCCAAGUUGGGCAUCAUCAAAGAUCAUUUUGCUUUUUGAUCAUUCAUCAGACAGUACUGUAAAUGUGAUACUUUUGACAUUUUGGUAGACGAACGAUUGGAAAACUGAUCAGAAACGAAGUAAUCGUCGAGCUAGGCUCGACGAGAAGGAGGAGGAAGAGGAAACACGAUAAUGGGCAACGCCAUCACGAAAGAUUAUUCGAGGAACAUCUCCGUUGGCACCAGCUCGAAAAAGACACAUUGGGAUGGCCCAGGUCUUCCGGCUCCACCGGGCAGACCUAUCUUGAUAUCGGGAACGAAUGAAACGCAGCCGGAUGUUGUGGCAAUACGAUGGGAGAGAUCACCGAGUAACGGUGGAUCGGCGAUCAUCGGAUAUUUGGUCGAGCAUCGACGACUAGGCUCUCCUCAUUGGGUACGAAGCACCUCCGGUCUUUGCGCCUUUCCAGAACUAACUUUAAGCGGUCUCGAGCCAGGAUGGCGCUACCAAUUUCGAGUCAGAGCGCAAAAUGCACUUGGACUUUCACAGCCAAGCGAGGUUUCCGAACCGCUCACAGUUACCUUACAAAGGGCCGCCCUCGCUUGCGCUCCUCAUUUCGAUCUGGAACUUAAAGAUACGGUUGCGCUUGAGAACGACCAGGCUGAGUUUGUCAUACAAUUUUCUGGCACACCAUUGCCAAAAAUUUCAUGGUUUAAGGACGGCUUCGAGAUCUUUAGUAGUAGACGCACCAGAAUUAUUACGGAUAACGGAAAGAGCACUCUCUUGAUUCACCAGACCGCGCUUAAUGACGAGGGUGAGAUUAAAUGUACUGCCACCAAUCGAGCGGGUCACAUUGCUACUAGAGCUAAGUUAAUUCUCGAAGCACCUCCACGGAUACGAUUGCCGCGUCAAUAUGAGGAUGGUUUGCUUUUCGAGCAAGACGAGACCAUUAGACUGAAAGUAUCUUUAGCAGGUAGACCAACGCCUGUCGUUACUUGGUACCACGACGGAGAGCUGAUAUCUAAAGAUACUAGGCACAUAUUUGAAGUGAUGGAUGGUGAAUCAGUUCUGAAAAUACCAGAUGCCAAACGACGUGAUCGAGGAGAAUACACUGUUAAAGUCACGAAUAAAUUGGGCGAAGAUACUGCGUCUUUUCUGGUCACUGUGACAGAUCGACCCGCUGCUCCCGGCAAAAUAGCUGUUGCAAUGACGCUAGGUAGAUCGGUGACAUUGUCGUGGAAGGAGCCAGAGGAUGACGGCGGAUGUAAAAUCGGGACUUAUAUCGUCGAAUACUACAGAGUUGGCUGGGAGGUAUGGCUUAAAGCAACUACGAGCAGGCGCACCACCACGACAUUAACAGAACUGAUCGAAGGUUCCGAAUACAAGUUUCGCGUAAAGGCUGAGAAUCCUUACGGAGUCAGUGACCCUAGUGAAGAAAGUGAUGUUAUCUUUGUUCCAGACAUUAAACGAAGAAUCGUAACACCGUCUUUGAAUGAAAAGUCGCAAAGUCAUCGAGAAAUCAGCAGAUCUCGUAGCGAUAAACGAGAGGUGAGUUUCACUAUGCCAGCGCAGAGAACUAGAAGUUUAACGAGAGAAGAAGCGAAAAUACGAGACGAUGAAAAUAAUAGUCACAUUGAAUACAACGAGCGAUCAGCUUCAGUGCAACGGCUCGCAAUGUCAACUUCUACAUUAGAUAGACCGUCCAGAGCAGACAGUAGAGUAACAUUUGCACUGGAUACUUUGAAAAAAGAACAACCUCUGAUUCCUCCAGCCAGAUCAAGAGAGCACAAUUUUACGAAGCAACAAGUUGCUAUUGGAGAUUAUACAAAUCGAUCAAAUAUUGCGGAAAAUGUGAGAGACAAGCAAGAUAUCAUUACAAAGGAAGAAAGAACUAUGACUUCGAAAUCAGCAGCAACCGUGCCAGUCUCUUCUUCAGUUAUCGAACAAGAUACCGUGUCGCGCUUUAUAACAAAAGAAAGGAGUCUCUCUCCACUCUACGUGCCAGGAAUUCAAGAACACCGAAGAGAAGAGAAUUGUCCCACAGCGAGCCACCAUUUUUUACUAUCUUCAAAUUCAAUUUCAAAAAAACAGAACGCCGUUGUAAACGAAUCCAUACUAUAUCUACCGGAUAGUCCACAAUCGCAAGGAAUACUGCAAGAGGAUGAUGAGAACGCAUUGCACGGCAGCUCGGAGUUUAUGCUUGUUCUGUAUCCGGAAGAUGAAACACGAGAGAAAGAUACAAUCGACAUGGAGAACUCUGCAGAAACUCGAGUCAAAAGCAGCAUAAAUGGCAAACGGAAUAUAAUCGAAUUGACAGAAGAUGAUAACGAUCUUAUACCACCGCCGAUAUCGUUAUCUCUUCCCGAAUUAUUUAGUACGCAGCAUCAAGUGGUGGAAAUAAUGCGAGAAGCGGUUAGCUCUACCGAGCUUCUUCACGAACGAGCCAUGGAACGUUUCUAUCGCGCAGUUGCUGCUGAAGAAGCAUCUGAAAUUACCAAACAAAAGAUGCAAUUUGAGAGACAAACCGAAUCGAUGCUAUUAGAUGUUGAAUCUAUUCAGAAACCAUCGCUUCGAAGACGUCUAUCUAAUUCCGGUAUCACUACACAAAAUUUAAUUGCUUCCUGGCAGGCCAAAAAAAAUCGUCGAAGAUCAAGCGAAGGCCAAACAGAUGCAGCCCCGAAAACAUUGAAACUUCUUUCGCCAGUUUUGUUAUCGGAUGUCGAAGCCAGAUCAGAUCCAAAUCUUCCCUCUGAAACGAUAAUGGUAGAUCCCUGGGAAAAAAGCAGCAAGGUCGAAUCCGUGGAACGUCUGCGUAGAUGGCACGAAGCUGAUGUAUCAUUACUAGAAGAAGUGCAACGAGAAAAAUCAAUGCAAACAAAUAAUGAAGAGAAGAUAAUAAUUCCACCAUCCAUCACUGUGAAUAAAGUAGAAUCUCAAUCGUUGAUUCAAACGAAAGCAGAGGAAGAGGAGGAGAAUAACAGCAUUGAGACUUCCGAAGAGUCGUCAGAAGAGAUCAGUAGCGCAGAUAGCGAAGAUUUAAAAUUAUUAAAAUCAAGGAUCCUAGCAAGACAAAUUAUCGAUGAAGAAGAUACUUAUCAUCCUAGAGGAAGACCAGUCCCACACGUCGAACCAGAAUUAUCACAAAUUCCAUAUGAUAGAUUAUCAAUUUAUGAAAUUUCGUCUCUUCCACCCAUCAGAACAGUUACUUCUGUCUCGCUUAAUAAUGUAAUGCCUAAAUCAAUUCUAAAAAAGCCCAAAGAGGAAUUAAUUCUUCAGGACAAUUUUGACAGAUCGACUCCUCCGGAGAAACCAAUCAGAAAGUCGUUAUCGCAAUCGUAUCAACAAGAAGAUAUAGAAAAAAUAAAUAUGGACACCAACGACAGAAUUUCGACUUUUUCUAGCAUAUCAGAGGCUCUAAAAACAUCUACGAUGUCGGAAUCGGAUACGGAUAGUAUUAUAUCUGCGGCAGAAGCAGCAAAAAAUCGAAGAAUGCAAUCGAAAUUGCGAUCCAUAACACCUGAAGAAGAAGCAGCCGAAAUAGAAGCUAGAAUGGCUGUUGUGAAUCAAUACACCGAGAUAGUUCGUGAACACGCGAGUCAUUCGCGACAUGGUAGCGCGGCUAGCUCUCGAAAGUCCUCCAUUUCCGAAGAUCAGGAUCAACAGCAUCGAACACAGGAAAAACUUGCGCCAUUAACAGAUAAACAAGAGCAGGAUGAGAUAUUGAAAUUAAAAAUUAAAAUUGAGAAUGAAGGCGACAGACAAAAGAAAAAUAAUCAAACGUCAAAUUCCAGAAGAGAAAACAUUGAUUCCAGGGGUACGACUCCAGCGAGAGACACGAUAAGUGCGAAGGAAAAGCGCGUCAGAAGUAGACCAAGCUCCAGGGACCAAUCUCCAGUCGCGAGAAGAAGUGAAAAAGUAGGAGGUGCUUCUUCGAGAUCAUCUUCGAAAACCCGAAAUCGCACACCUUCUCAGGAAAGAAAUAAUCGAUCCUUAACGAAAAAUGUUUCAAACGAGCAAAGCCCUCGUAGAUCUAAAAUAUCAUCUAGACCUUCCUCGCGCUCUUCAUCGAGAUCAAGUUCUAGAGAAAGAUUUGGAGCGACAGUACCAGUAGAAUUAAAGGUUGAGAAAUUGCAGAAAGCACUCGAGAGUAGCAAGUAUCGAGAAAUAAAAAAAGAAAUCGAAGUAACCAAAGAGAACGUCAGAAAUAACACUCCUGAUCGAACAAACGGAAAACAGUUAGCUCUAGAAGCUAAAAGAACAGUCAGAUCGACGGUGAGCUAUAUAACCGAUUUGACAUUGCUAUUAGCUGCAAUGUAUAUUUAUUUCUUUAAAAAAGAAACCUUGGCGGUCCCGUUUAUCGUGCUUCUCCUAUAUCGAAGAGUACAGGAAGAAAUACACGAGUGGAUGCCACAUUAUACGCUGAAAAAUAAAGGGCCACCAGAAUGGAUCGAAGAAGAUCAGAUAGUGUCAGUUCAAGGAUAUGUAGGCGAAGAUAUCAUUAUCGAACUGAAAUUGGCUCUAUUCGAAAAUUAUGAUGACUUACGGUUUGAACUAAUACGAGACGGAUUACCAAUUUCAUCGGAUCGUUAUCAAUUGUCGAUGCGAGGCAAUAUCGUUCAACUGGCUUUGAAGCAAUCGCGUAAAAAUGAUACGGGUUACUAUUCUCUCGUAGCAACGAGACUCGAACAAGAAAACGAUAAAGGAGCUUUAAAGAAAAUUCAUUUAAGCGUCAGCGAACCAAGUUACGAAGAGGGUGAUCCUCCUGUCUUCUUGAGAAGGUUGAGCGAUCUUGCGGUGAAGGUUGGCACUCGAACCAGAUUUCUCGUAGAAAUUCAAAGUUCAACCACUUUGAAGAUAAUUUGGUAUAAAGAUGACUUGCCUAUUCACGAUGGACCUAGGUUCUCUCUCGUUCACGAAGGAAAUUUUCAUUGUGUUGAUGUCGCCCCCGUUACAGUCGAGGAUCAAGGAUGCUGGACCUGCAUGGCGGAGAAUCAUAGUGGAAGAUCCUCGUGUACAUCCACUCUCACCGUCAUUGUUCCCAAGGCUUACAAAAAGCCAGAAUUUGUUGAAGAACUUCGCGCGCUGCUCACUGAAACAGGCACCGUGUCGUUGGAAUGCAAAGUAAUCGGUGUGCCUACGCCGGUAUUGAGAUGGUUUAAGGACAACAAGGAAAUCAAAGCUGGCGAUGUUUUUGCUUUGACUGCUAAUCCCGAUGAUCCAACAUCUCUCGGUGUUUACACCUGCGAGGCAGUCAAUUGCAUGGGAACGGCCUAUUCCUCCUCAAAAGUUCACGUAGUUGGAAGAGGAAGUCGAGAAGGUUCAUUGAAACCGGCAGAUGCUUUGGCACCAUCUGGACCACUUCCGAUAUUUAAGCAAAUACUUCAAGACAAAUGUUGUCGGAUCGGAGACACUAUCGUAUUGUCUUGUCGCGUUCAAGUACCACCCUGGCCGAAAGCGAUCGCCUGGUACAACAAAGAAGGCCGCGUUGAGCCCAACGAAAAGUAUCAUGUAAUGGAGGAUGGCAUCGGAGGAUAUUCAAUCGAAGUAAAACAAGUAGAAGCCAUGGACGAGGGUGAAUGGAAGUGCGUUGCUACCAGCGAAGACAAUAUGAAGCAAUUUACGAGCUGUUAUGUAGCAAUGUCUAUUCCAAGGAACUACAGAAAACCGCGCUUCAUGGAAAAUCUGAAAGCAAUCUUGACGGAAGAAGGUCUUGUCUCGUUCGAAUGCAAAGUUGUAGGUUUUCCAACGCCAUUACUGAGAUGGUUUAAAGACGGUCAAGAACUUAAACCAGGGGACGUCUAUCAGUUAACCGGGACUAAUUCAUUAGGUUCUUAUUGCUGUAUCGCGAGAAAUUGCAUGGGCGAAGCCAAAAGUACAGCUGAAUUAACCAUCGAAGACAUACAAAAUCAAUUAAACGAAGAAGAACGUUUCCAGCUUUUGAGCACUAAUCAACCACCAAAGUUUAUAAAAAGUCUCAGAAGUUGUGAGGCAAGGAUAAACGAAGAUUUUCGCUUUACAGUACAAGUAAGCGUAGCACCAGAACCGACUCUUUCUUGGUAUAGAGAUGAUGCGUUCAUGGAUGAAUCUGACAAAUAUCACGUAGCAAAAGAAAAUCUCGGCACAUGCCAUUUUGAAGUGCAAAAGCUCGAAUUUGUUGAUCAAGCCGAAUGGAAAUGCGUAGCAGCAAAUGAUUUCGGCCACAGUGUCACUUCCUGCUUCUUAAAGCUAAUCAUUCCCAAACAUUACAAAAAACCGAAAUUUCUCGAAAGCUUACGCGCAAUUCUAUCGGAAGAAGGCGCUGUAAAUUUAGAGUGCAAGGUUAUCGGUGUUCCACAGCCAGUUUUAAAAUGGUAUAAAGACAACGUUGAACUCAAGCCCGGUGAUAUACAUCGAAUCAUUUCCGGACAGGAUGGCACUUGCUGCUUAGGAAUAUAUACCUGCGAAGCUACCAAUUGCAUGGGAACAGUCAGUAGUUCCGCGUCUUUAUUAGGAUUCGAAGACAGAAAAGAUGCAAAAGAAAUUCAGUCGUCAAAUGGUCACGAACUAGCGAGAAACUUAUCGUUGUCAACGAUACAUGAGGAACGAACGUCUCAACUGUAUGACACACCGCAAACGGAUCAUUCUGUUACUUUGGACGAACGGGGCGAGGUGUCCUUUAGCUUUGACGGCAAAGAAGUAUCAGUGAGCUUAUACGAAACGCCUGAUCUAACUGAGGAAGAGGCACUACAGAUUGUUGAGAUGUACGCCGAUCAGCUGUCUGAGCAUGUAACAGAACACAAUGUGAUUGAGCUACCACCAAUGAGAUUUGUCAAAGAAACGUCUACGACCGGUAAUUUAUUAAUGGAAGCUGUAGUGAUCGAUGUAUCUCCUGAUUAUUUUGUUAGCGCGGAAGACGGUGAUGAUUUACGGACAGAAGCUGAUUUCGAAGAUGUCUCCAUUAUGGAUGAUGUUACGCAUGUUCUUUCGUCACCUGAACGCGAUUCCCGAGGUUCCUUGAAAAGAUCAGCUCGACACAAUGCGAACGAGGACGAAACAGUUCCUAAUAGGCCACCUCGAAAAAAAUCACUGAGUCUAUCAGCAUCAAAAAGCGAAAAAAGCCAACGAAUAGAAUCUGAGAGUUUCCAUAGCGCACAGAAAGACGACCCACCAUUGUCCCCGCUUUCAUCUUUGAAACAGGAUGACAGCGACACUUUUGCGGACGCUUUAUCUUCUGCCCAUCUCUCCAUUACAGAGAGUCUUGUCCAGAAACACAUGACAUCGGAACACGAAACGGCAGAUAGUAGAAAACGCAGUUUAAGCGCAGGAAGAUCAACCGGUUCCAGUCUGGACGAUGGAAUCGGUGGUGAUUCCUCUUUCGAUUCAAUGAUCGAUGCUCCUAAAAAGAAGCAACGUAAAAAGAAGCAACAGAAGGACAAAAAUAGUUCCGAAGAAUAUUCCAGCCCUAACGACUACGAGCGAAGAAGACGAAGCGGAUCGGAAGAUAAAGUUGAUGCGAAGAUAAAACGUCAACUUAUAGAAUCAGUUGAGAAAAUAGAAACGGAAGAUAACAGAAACGGAACUGAAGCGAUAAAGGAAUUAAUUACCGAAGAAAAAUUGUCAGAUAAUUUAAAAAGUGCGAAAGAAGUUUACAGCCAUGUUUCGGAAGAGAUUCAAGAAUCGGCAAAAGAUAUUCUUUCAGAAUCAAGAACAACUCUACACAGGGCUUUGGAGAUUUUUAAUGAAAAAGUGCUCGAUACCGCAAGUGCACCGCAAUUUUCAAGUAUUUAUGAGCGGAUUGACGAUAUACGUCAAUUAUUGGAGAUUUCAGGAAGAACAGACGCAGACAUUGAAACCUUGACCAAUCUGGAAAUACCUCUGCGUUCGUUAUUAAAAGAAAUUAAUGAAAUUACAUCAACGGAACAUGUAGAAAUCAUUUGCAAUAUUCUCGAACCAUUCAUCGUUCAAUUGUCAGAUGUUAUUGAAAAUCUCAACGUACUAUCUUUGCAACCAAUGCUCGUAAUUUUGAAAAAUUUCAGCGAUCCUAUUUGUAACAUUUCUAGCAGAACCAAAGAAUUAUCUUCGAUAAAGUCAAUCUCCGGUUUCUCCUGCAAGUUUCAAAAUAUAGCUGAGGCAAUUGUAGAUCCAUUAAUCGAUAUUCAAUCGAUGUUUAAUGGGAUUUUAAAUUAUAUCGAACGACUGAAACUUACGGUAAAUGGAUCCACCGCAGCAAGUGAGUCACAACAAGUUUUAACACCGUCAAGUCUUGUUGCAUGUUUAAUAGAAUUGAGAGAGUGCGUAUCUCACACAGCACAUACUGCGAUGACGUUGAAAGAGGAUGAGACAUUAAACAGCUUGAUGGAAUUUAGGGAGCCUUUAUUGGAUCUUCAGUCAAUUUUAACGUCACUGCAGAGAUGUACUUUUCGCGAACUUUCAAUGAUAAAAGAAAUAAAUGUUGCCAUUUUAAAAUUAAAGAGUGUCGUUGCAAUUAUAUUAAAAAAUUCUGAAAAUUACGACGUAAUUUCCCGGGUAGAAGCGACUCUCAAAAUAUUGGAAGAUACCGAUGAACAAAUGUCAAAAUUAGUGGAACAAUUAUCAGAAACCGAAGCGAUUCAAAAACACAUGUUGAAAAAUUUAAAUAUUGACCAAAGUUUAAGCAAUGUGCAUUUUGCUCUAUCAUCAGUUUUAGAAAAGCAAGAAAAGCACAUAGCCUCAUAUAAUUUAAUUACAAGUAUUGAGGCAUUACGUCAAUCAAUCGGGUCUUCGGCUGUUACAAUCGCUAAUUUGAAAAAUCCAAUCGAUGAUGAGAUAACUCAAGAAAUUAGCAAACUAAAUGAAUUAUUGUUAAAUCUACAAAGAGAUUUAUUAACGGAAAAGCACGAACCACGAGAAGAGCAAAUUCUUAAUGAUUUGAUGAAUCCUAUUAGUAUAUUGAAAGAGAUAGUUCACAAUGUAAUUGAAAGCGACUCUUCGAUCGAAUCAAUGGUACCCAUAUUGGAAUUGUUGGAAGAUAUAGAAAAGGAUGCAGCUCUUAUAGCGAAAGAAAUAUCAAAGAAAAAAUAUCAGGAAGAAAGUAUUACACAAUCUCAGAGAGAAAAUACAGAAGAGAGAAGUAAUUCAAAAUCCAAUUUGGCUAGUAAAAUAUGCCAUUCUUUGGAUCCUAUUAAAAAUUGGUUAUCCGCUACAUCUGAAGGCAGUGCGAAGCAUUAUAAAGACGAAACAGAAUCUGCACUGAGCUCAACAAUCGAGGAAUUGAAGAGAGAUGUAAGUCAGAUUGCCAUUCAAACGUCAUAUUCUGAAUCACCAAGUGAUGAAAGUUUGAUAAACGCACUGAUUGAUCUUCGAGAACCACUAGUAAGGCUUAAAAACGCUAUUUCUACAUAUCACGAACCGGAAGAUCUUUUAAUUUUAGAAAACUUGGAUCAUCCUAUGAAAUACCUUCUGCAAACUAUCAUGGAUGUUCUACGUGAACAUGCGGAAGAAAAAUCUCUACGGCCGAUAAUAGAUAUCAUCGAACAAAUCAAAAGUCAAAUAUCGGUUUCAAUCAAAGAUACUCUUUACCAACAAGAAUUGGAACAAAAUGCUAAAAUAUUUAACGUAGAAACGGAAGAAGAAAAAGAAGAAGAAGAAGGAGCUAAUACAGCUUCCCGAGAAACAAUUCCAGGUACUCUUAUGGAAGUUACUUCAACGCCACUUGAAGCCGAAUCUAUUGCAUUGCUUACUGAGCAAACUAUAACAGAAAAUAAUUCUAAAAACAUAACCCAUGAUAUUGUUCUACAAACUAUAAAGAACGAAAAGCAGAAAAGAGAGGAAGAUGCAAGUAAAUUAAUCAUUAUUUUGUCCGAAACUUUGGAGAAACUUCAAUUGGAGAUAACUAAUAUACUAGAAGAUUUCGAAGAAUCAACAACACAAACUGCUACAAUUCCUCAAUCGCAAUUAGCUAAUUCCAUGGAAGAGUUAAGAAGGACCAUUUCCACAAUACGCGUAAUGACCGUCUACGGUGAAGAAACUGGUUUAUUUGAAGAAAAGCUUAAUCAGACAUCUUCAGUACUGACUAACUUAAUGCAGCCGCUGACAAACAUGCAAAAUCUUCUUUCCAAAUCGCAUGAGCACGACGUUUCAGAACUUAUGAUACUGAAUCGAUUGACUCCAUUGUUAAGUAUAAUAGAAAAUAACGUGAUAAAACAGAUAAUCGAUUUCGCCAAUACAGAUGAAAAUGUAAAAAAGGAAUUUGAGUUUCUUCUAUGCGCGUUAAAAGAAAUCAAAAUGGAAAUUCCAAUUGUAAUUCAAAAAAUAUCAUUGAGACGAAAAAUUUUGGAAUACCUCUGGGACAUCUCAAAACCUCUGGAAAGUAUUUUAGAACGCAUGAGCGAUCUAGAGAAAGCUGCGGAAGAAACUCUCGAAACUGACGUCGCGAAUAUUUUAGGAAAACCAAUCGCUGCUCUUUUAGAAGGUAUCAAGAUUACUAUUCAAGAAGUAAACAUGUUAGAUCGACGAGAACCAUUGAUUCUCGAGUUACGAAAUCUUCUUGAACCCCUAUUAGAAUUUCAUAGUUGUCUUUCAAUGGUACAGAGCAGCCGAAGAAGUUUAGUUCCUGAAGCUUCUUUAUUAGACGAGAGGAGAAGUGUUAUUUUGCGAGCGGUCGACGGUUUGCAAAAACAAGUUUGUCAUAUUGUCGAAGUGAUCGCGAAUAUGGAAGAAGCCUUCUUAUUUAAUGAAUCUUUGACGUUGCUUAAUUCCGCAAUUCUACAGGUACAAAAACAAAUUGGUAAGACCGAUUAUUCGCGCCGAUCUAGUAGUGCCAAUAUUUCUCUUCAGCAUCGACUUACUGGCACAUUGAAUCGCUUAGCCAACGCUAUAAUAGCUGUAGAAGAACACGCUGACAAAGAUACAUAUGGAAUAGUGUCCAAAUGUUUGGAAGCAUUACAGAAACAAAUCUCUUUCGCGCAAACGCAAUUUAAUCAAAUCGGUAGUGAAUUAAUUGACGAAGAGGCAAUCGUAGAAGGCUUUCUUUAUCCGACUAAUCAACUUCUGUCGGCAUUAAAAAUUCUGAAAGAGAAUACGCAAAAAAUACCGUCAACAAUUUCGCAUAGUUUAAUAGUUCAGCUUCAAGAGCUAGCCGACUCUAUCUCAGAACUAAGUUCUUCUCUAUCGGUUUACAAAACAGGACUUGUCCAAGAAGGCGCUUCUGAAGGGGCACCGAUCGUAGAGACUUUUUCUGCCGUUAUAGAUGUUUUAGAUCACGUGAAAGAUUCUAUAACUGUCAUAAAGCAGACAGUUGAUGUAGAACAAAAAGCGAGCAUGAUUAUCACGAAAGUAGAGAGUGUUAUUGAUGAAAUUAUAGAGAUAUCACAAGAAGAAAUUGAGAGCGUAAUGAUGGUCACAGAAAUACCGUCGUCUAAAGCAACAGUUCAAGAAGUUGCUCAAUCUGAAAUUGAAGGUACACCUACAACGUCACAAACGCCAGUUUUAGAAAAUCUUGAAGCAAUAAUCCCCGUUGAUCAAACGAAGGAUGAUCUGGCAGAUAUGAGAAAAUACAAAGAAAAUCAGAAGGAAACUGAGAGACACAAACAUUUGACAACUGAGAUAUCAAAGUUUAAUUCUGCAAUAAGUAACUUGACACAGCCGUUAAAAGAGUUGAUUAAUUUUGUGAAAUCUGCUAAACAAGAAUCUCUGAUUUCAAAAUCUGAGGAAAACAAGCGGAAAAUACAAGAAUUAACAGCAUUAAUACAAAUUCUUAAUGAUCUACAAGCUACAAAUACUUCUAUUAAGACGGUAAUAGCUUCCUCGCCCAUUUUACUAUUAGAUAGCCAAUUUUCUCGUAUGAAAGAUAUUCUUGCUGAUUUUGAACGGGCUGUCAACGCGGUCAUUUCCUUGACCCAUGAAGGAAUAAAACCAGAAUUAAAGAUAAAUAUCAUGGCUUCUUUAUUAUUUAUAUCCAAACCUUUAGAUGCUCUUGAAAAUGUAUUGGCAUCUAUAUGUCAGACAAUCUGUGAAGACAGAUAUAUUGACAAGAACGGAGAAUCAUUAUCUGCAAUCGCAAAAGCCUUAAUAGCAUGUAUUAAUGAUACCAUUAAAUCUCUAAAUGAAGUGCAAAUAUCAAAAUAUGAUAGUAUUACUGACAAAAGAGAAACGGAAAUAAAGGGAGAAACGAAAGUAAAGGAAGAAACGAAGGACAUUGAAGAAACAACUGCGCGACCCCUCGAGGAGCUUAUAGAAGCCAUUAUGGAGUCUCAGGAACGGGUAAAAUGUGAUAGAACUUCGCUAUUGGAAUCUAGUUCGCCUUCCACGGACGUGACCGAGACGAAAAGCAUCGAUAAUUUAAAAUCCGUAGAAGUAGAAUUAAAUGAAACACUUGUUAAAGAAAUAGAUGGUUCGAUGAAACAAGAUACAGUAGAGACCCUACAACAAACAUUAAUAUUUUCAUUAGAAUCUAGUCAAAUCGAAGAAUCACUUACUGAAAACAUAGGAAAGAUAAAAUCAGUAGUAGAACCUUUAGAAAAAGUUGAAGAAAACUUAACAACAAUUGAUCAACAAAAGGUAGAAAUUACUCAAAUAUCUGAAAACAGUAUGAUUCAGGAAGAACAAAUAAAAGUUGAAACUUUGCAAACAAUUAUCUCUUCUCUUCAAGCAUUGUGUAAGUCAUUUGACGAAAUCGGAGAAAUGGAAGUUUUAGAAUCUUCCGAUAAGAAAACGGUCGCAUUCUCGGCUUUGGUGGAACCGUUAUUAAAUUUACAAAUUGCAUUAUCGUCGAAAGUUACUGAAGAUAUUAAACAAAAUACAGUGACGUUACUGAAAUUAUCUGUCGUAAGCGUUUUGGAAGAACUACAAAAAUCCAUUGUUACAGUUCAAGAACAAGUUCAGCUUAAUACUGUGGCUGAAGCCAGUUCGAGUAAAACGUCUAAAAUGUUUUUAGUACAAUCGAUCGUGGAACCAUUAGAAGACUUGAGAAUGUCAAUUACUUGUAUUCAAUCUGACCCAACAAUUAGUCAGUUUAUCCAGCAAGGAGCAGAAUUAUCGAAUGUCGAACAGAUCACGAUCCUGCAAAAUCUUACUAAAUCAGUGGUGCAACUUGGAGAAAGAUUUACGUCUAUUAUUAAUCAAGUAAAAAUAAAAACUGUACCACCGUUGCAAAUAAUUAAACCAAAAGGUCAAGAGCUAAAUCCAGAAAUUUUACAUAAAAUUAUUGAUUCAAUUCACAUUUUGCGAGAAACACUCUCUCAAAUUGAAAACCUUAAUAGUUAUGAAGCCGAAUUAUUAGAACUGCCAGAACAGAAAAGAGAGAUUGCUCAGUUGGGUGCAGUGAUAGACUCUUUGGAAAAAUUAGAACAAUCAUUAGUUAUAGGUACGCAACAAUUUACAAUCGCGCAGGAGGGAGUUGUGAAAGAACUUAGCAAAAAUCAAAGUUUGUUGGCAAGUGCGAAUUUAAAGCCUGUGUUAAAAGAAUUGAGAAAUUCGAUCAUUGUAGUUCAGAAGCAAACAAUUUUUAAUGAAGAUAUUCCUGUAUUAAGAACAUUGAAUGAAGCUCUAGAAAAUUUGAAAAUACCGUUAACAACAGUUGAAGAAGUCGUCGAUCAUAUUGAUAAAAUUACUGAAAUUGAGGAAGUAUCAACUUUACUAUCGUUUGCAAAGUCAGUAGAAGAAACAGCGAAUCAACUAGUAGUUAUAGCUAAACAAGAUAUAACAAAACAAGCAAUUAGUGAAACUUCUCUGUUAAAAACGAUGACUAUUCCGAUUGAAGAAUUACAAAGUGCAAUAUUAAAACUCGAAGAUCGUGUAUCUCAAACGUUGGAGACAAAGGAAUCGAUAAAAGCUGUUACUUUAGAAUGUAUGAUACAACCAUUGCAAGAGUUGCAGCAAUCAUUUUUAACUGCAUCUUAUCAAGAAACCGUUCUAGCUUUGCAACGAUUGCCAAUCAAGUCGACAUUGGACAACUUGAAUAAAUCCGUGGCAGUGAUUCAAGAUCAAGUUAUGUUCAUCCAAGAUAAUUUACUUGCGGACAAGAAUACUGAUGAUUUGAAGGAAGUAAUAUUGAAGGAUUUCACGAGAUCACUUGGUAAUUUAAGAACAUCGAUGGUAGUUUUACAACAAUUGAAUGCAAUAGAAAACGCUGGUCAACAGAUCGUAGAAAUCGAGAAUGCGUCCGCGUUACAAGCAUUCGCCAAAUCUAUUGAGGAGUUCAAGAAAUGUUGCUCCAUAAUCGUUGAAAGACCGAGAAUUAUCGAAGCUUUUACGACAAAUACAGAAUUGAAACAAUCAAAUAAAAUAGGUGCGCAUCUUAUAGAAAAUAUUAUUACACCUUUGCGAAUAUUACAGGAACAGAUUUUAAUUAUCGAAGAAACUAAAAUGCAAGAAUCUGAGAUUUUGAAUGUUACGGAAAUAAGGAAACCAGUCACUGUCUUAAGCAGUCUUGUUGGUCCCUUACAACAACUUGAAAAAUCUUUCGUCGCAACGGUGCAAAAGGAACAUAUUGUCGAACAUGAUGGGCACACAUUAACAACUGAAUUGUCUUCUGUAAGUCUAGAGAAGCUUGCUCUACAACCUAUUCUCGAGGAAGUACAAAGAUCUAUUGCUACUGUACAAGAGCACGUGAUAUUAGAAGCGGGAGAUCAUAUUACAUCGGAAGCAGAAACUGACGCUUUAUUGAAAUCGAUUGCGCAGCCUUUAAUAGAUUUAAGAGCUUCUAUCGCAUCUAUUCAGCAAGUGACCGCAACUGCACCUGAGUUUUUAAAUGAACUCGUACAAGAACAAAAUGUUUCGGCAUUGGAAACUUUUGCCGAAACUCUUCAUAAUCUGACGGAACGCAUGGCAAUGUGCAAUCAUCAGCAGAUAAUCAUGGAGCCUGCGGCUGACACUAUCUCCGAAGAUGCCUCGUCUUUAAAUACGUGGGCAAAUGUAAUCGAUGAAUUGUCUUCAAAAAUUACGCGUCCAGUAGUGAUUGAUCAAGGUGCGAUCGAAUCUCCAGUCGAAGUUGCAGUAUUGAUGUCCGAAGAUGAAAGCUCUAGCUUGAAAACAUUAGCAAAGCCAUUAACUGAAUUACGAGAAUGCCUAGCCUUGAUCGUCGAAGAGCAAAAAGCAGUCCCGCCGUACGAUACGACAGGUUCUUUAUCAGAAAAAGAAAAUAUUUCUUUGAUGAAAACAAUAAUACAGCCUUUAUCAGAAUUAAGGCAUGCAGCUGCAAUAAUUAUUCAAGAACAAAUGGCCAUUGAACGUGUUAAUGAACAUUCAUUUGCCAUCGAUAAUAAAAAUGAAUUUAUUCUUCGUCCUUUGAUAGAACCACUCGAAGAAUUACGUCAUUCUAUCGCAGUAAUACAGGAUCAGAUGUUGAUUGAAACACCAACGAAUCGAUCGAAGAACGAUGUGAUAUUAGGUGCAUUGGCUGAACCUCUGUUCGACCUCCAACGUGCUAUAUCUGUUUUAGAAACACGAGUAAUGUCGCCGGUGUUGGAUGUUGAAUCAAUGCCCGAAGAUGCAAGCAAUAAUUGGAUUACGGAAUGUCUAGCGACUCCUCUGCACGAAAUAGAGAGAUCGAUUGCUGAGAUUCGACAAUGUAACAUAAUAGAACCUGAAAACAUAAUUGUGGAAGAACAAACGAGAACUUUAAUACCAGACUGGUCCAUUAUCGAAAAAUUAGCAAAACCAAUGGAAAGUAUUAAAUCAGCAAUAUUACGUAUGGAAGAUGACUCUGUCGAAAUUCAAGUUCUUAAAACAAUGGAAAUACCACUUGCUAAUGUAAAAGAGAAUUUGACGUUACUAACAAGUAAAUAUAAUUUGGGUGAUGAAGAGAAAGAGAGUAUCGAUGCUUUGAUCGAAUCUCUGUCCAAUUUUGAAAAAUGUAUUUUAUUUGUCAAGGAAAAAAUUAUCGACAAUGCAGUAUCUAAACAAUCAGAUACGAUGAAAAUUGAUGCAAUAUCCGCCAUUCUCAAUAUACCAUUAACUGAAUUAAAAUGUUCUCUUGCGACUAUAAAGAAAUCGCCAAGCAUAAAUUUAAACAAUUUGGAAAGGCCGUUAAAACUCGUGCAGAACGCGCUCGAAACAAUUGUAUCUGUACAACGAAAUAAAAAACUUUCAGAAUUAUCGACGAAAAUAAUAAAUAGUAUUUCAGAUAUUGACAAGUCAACCGAAUCUAUCGAAAAUAAAUUAAAGCAGCAACAGAUGUCGGCCGUUGAAAUUUGUAUCGAAUACGAAGCACUUGGAAUAUUGACAAAAUCUUUACAGAAUAUCAAACAAUGUAUUAUACAGAUACAAGAAAAACCAAAUACUGCCAAUUCAAUGAUUAGUGCUCUUCAGAAACUCGAGAAAUCUAUGGCUGUAAUGCGAGAGCAAUCAGCCGAUAAACCAUUGGCGGAAUCGCAACAUACGAACUUCAGUGUUCUUUCAAAAAAUUUAAUACCGUGUCUAUACGAAUUACAAGAGUCAAUAGAAGCAACUAAAACAUUAUGGCAUGAAGAAACGGUACUAGAUGGAUUAAUGAUUCUUGAGAAACCAAUUUGUAAAUUGCAAACUGUGAUGAACAUUAUAUGUGACCAGUCUUUGGAAGAAAUGAUUUUAAUAAUAAAUAGAUACAAAGCAGCUCUUCAAAAGAAAUCUGUAAAGCAAGAAAUAGAAGUAUUUGAAAUUGAGACAGUUGUCGAAAAAGACGACAAAACUAACGAAACUGUGAAAGAAGAGAUAGAUGAAACUAAAAUGGUAAAAGAUUCAGCAAUAAUUAAUGAGAAAGAUAAAGUAAACGAUAAAGACGAAGAAAAUAAAAAGAUAUCAGAAAAAAGGAAAGAAAAAAUAGAACGAGACAAAGAAAAAGAUUACGAAGAAUCAAUGAAAUUAAUACACGAAGAAGAGAUUAAUCAAAUAAAAAAUAAAAAUGAGCAACGAAAGAAAGAAGACGUAAUUCAAGAAAUGCAAGAAAUAAAUAAAAAGCAAGAAAGCGAAGAAAUUGAACGAGUAAAGGAAGAAAUAGAGCAAAGUGAAAGAAGUAAGAAAGAUGAAAAAAUAAAGCAAGAUGAAAAAGAAUGUAAGAAAAUAGAAGAAACUGAUAGCUUUGAAAAACAUAAAGAAACUGAAAAAAUAAAGGAAAUUAAAAAUCAGCAAGAGAACAUAGGUACAACUGAAAAUAUAAAAAAUGGAAUGCAGGAGUCCAAAAAACUUGUCGACGUCGGAGAAAUGAGGAAAGAAAAAAGUGAAGAAACAAACCAGGAAGGUGUAGAAGGAAAGGAAAAAGAAAACAAACGAAAGAAAGAGCAAGAGAUUGUGCAAGAGAAGAAAGAAAUAGAUGAAUGUAAGAAAACUGAAACAGACCAAACCAUCGAAGAAAAAGAAGAAAAUAAAAAAGUAAAAGGACUUAAAGAUAUAGGAAAAAAAGAAGGGCAAUUGAAAGAAAAGGGAGAAGAACAGCAAGAUAUAAAAGCUACUGACAAAUUAAAAUCGACGGAACAAUAUAAGAAAAGAGAUCCAACUAAAGAGGAAGAAGAAGAAAAGCGAGAAAAAGACAAAGAAACUGAUAUAGCACAACAAAAGAAACAGGAACCUGUAAAAACAGAAGUUGAAAUGAUACAGAAAGAAAAAGAGAAAUCUGACAAGGAAGCAAAAGCCAAAGAAAUAAAGAAAAAUAUAAAGCACAAAAUUUCCAAAGAAGAUGAGAAAUUAGACAAAGAACAGGAAAAUCUUGAAAAUAAAGAAUAUGUUGCACGAAGUCAAAAUAAAGAUGUUCAGAAAAAGGAAAACGCUAAUUUGUUGAAAAAAGAAGAACAAAAGGAAGGAAGGACGAAGGAAAAGAUAGAACAAAAGAAACAAGAGGCAAUGGAAGAGAUAAAAGAGGAAAAAAGCGAAAAAACAAAAGAUCAGAAGACUGAAGAGUUUGAAAAGGAAAAAGAGAAAUUGAAUAAAAAAGAAGAGUAUGUUGAAGAGAAGAUAAAAGAACAAGGACUAAAGGAACGAGUAGAAGAAGUAAAGAAGCAAGAAAAUGAGUUAAACAAAGAAACAAUAGAAAAAAUAAAAGGAGAAGAUAAAGCAAAAAGUGAAAAGACUGAAAAAUUGGAAAAAAAGAAAGAGGAUUCUAGUGAAAAAAGUGAGAUGAAACAAGAAGAACGAAAGAAAGAAGAUAAAGUUAAAAUAUCGAGGAAAGAGGAUGAAGAACGGAAAGAGAUAACUAAGGCUGAGGAAAUAAAAAUUGCAGGAGAUAAACAAGCAAGGACAAAGAAAAAUUUACAAGAGGAUAAGGAAAUAGUUAAGCAAGAAAAAGAUAAAAUGGAAGAUGAAAAAUUAGGAAAGAUAAGAGAGGAAUCAAUAGAAAAAAAGAAAGACGAAAUUGUUAAAACAGAAGAAAUAAUACAGCAGGCACAAUAUAGAUGUAUAAAUGACAUAAAGAAAGAAGAUGAUACAAACGAAAGCAGAACAGAAUAUAAAGAAAUAAAUGAAGAACAAGAACAAAAACAAAUAAAAGAAAAGCAAAAAGAAAAAGUAAGCGGAAAGGGAAUCCAGGAAUUAGCAUUAAGAAAAGAUAAAAAUUUGCGUGUGCAAAUGGACGAAGAUUUAAAGAAACAAAAAGGUGAGAAAAUGCUUCGAAAACAACAGGAAGAGAGCAAACCGGAAUUUGAAGAACUGGAGAGAGUGAGAGAAGAAGAGAAAUGGAAACAGCGAAAGUCGCAAAGUGAUGAAAAUCGGUUAUAUAUGAGAGAAGAGCGCAUUAAUAGAGGUGGUGAAUGCAAAGAACAGAGAGAGGAAAACGAUUAUCAAGAGAGAUAUAAUGAUAAAAGGCUGCAUAGAAUAGAAAUAGAGCGCUUGGAAAAGAACAGAACUGUGAGGCAAGCUAAAGAAAUGGCUGACUAUGUAUCUGUAGCGGACGAGGCAAGGCGCCAGAAAAGAAGUGAGGAAAAAAGAAUUAGGAGAGAUGAGACUGCUAGAUUAUUAUGGGAAGAAGAACAAAGAUUACGAAAAAGGCAAGAAGAAGAGAGAUUCAGAAGUAGGCAGAGAAAAAAAGAACAGAUAAGAGAGAAUGAAUGGUCCAGAAAACGCGAAAAUGAAUCCGAUCGCUUUCUUAGGAAUAUGUUAGAGGUCACAUGCAAGCCCGACAAAUCGACUUCAAUGCUUUUCAAUGCCGAUUAUUCUCGAGACUAUACUUUUCGGUUUGAUUCUGGUAUCCCAAUGCUUUCUAGUAGUACUUCCAGAUCAUACAGCUGGAGAGAUUCUUUAACGUCAUUAAAUCGGAAAAGGCUCGACGACUAUUGGGAUUAUAAAUUACGUAGUCCUUUUAUGGAUAAGUAUUAUUUCGAUACGGGGUCUUCAUACAAAAGACGCAGAAAAAGAGAAUAUCGCAUGAUUCGCGCAAGGUCGAUCAGUUCGUUGAAAUACGAAGACUAUUCAACCGGAGAUAGCGAUGCCACUAUUGUACCUAAUACGCGCGUUCGACCUCUCCGACGCACAAAAGCGGACGCUAUCUCACGUAUCAAUUUCGACACUUCUGAGUCUAUUCCGUUUAGUUACACUGACAUCCGUCAAAGUGAGAGUCUUCCGUGGGACAAACCAAAGAAACCAUCGUUUUGUACAAGAUUGACGAACCGAGUCGUAGGAGUUGGAAUGAGGACAAGACUGACCUGUACCGUUCUUGGUAAUCCCGAACCACGCGUUUACUGGAUGAAAGACGAUCAAAACCUAGAUGUAUCGGACAAUCGUUGUAGAAUGCGAUGUGAAAACGGUAUGGCUUAUUUGGAAUUACACGACGCGCUUCCCGAAGACGCCGGAAUAUACACAUGCGUAGCUGAGAAUACACAUGGCACUUCGACCACCGAAUCUAUCUUGAGAGUUUAUUCCGAUUAUAAACCUACACAUUCACCUCCAACUUUUGUCAAAUCAAUUAAAGAUACUUAUCGACAUUCUGAUCGUAAGCUAAUCCUGGAAUGUCGUGUACGAGCACAUCCCGUUCCUAAGAUUUCCUGGCUGAAAGACGGAAUGAUUCUACAAGGCGAACGUUACAAACAGAGCUAUCUCGAUGAUGAUGUCUAUCGACUGGAAAUAGCGGAUCCUGAUGUCACAGAUAAUGGACAAUAUACGUGUCGCGCGGUAAACGAGUUACAUAGUGAGGAAAUGUCUCAUAUUGUUCGUGUUGAAGAUUGGCGAUCCGUAAAUCGAAACGAUCCACGUAUGGGCAGCAAAGUUAGAUCGGAAUUUGCACCAAGACCACAGUUCUUCAACUUACUAAAGGAUUACAGCGUUCCCGCUGGUGGAACUGUCGCUCUUCAAGCAGAAGUCAAAGGUAUACCAUCUCUGGAAGUGGAAUGGCUACGCGGCGAUCAAAAGGAGGCAAUUACAAUACCAAAAGCGAGAACCUUUGUAGAACGUGGACUUUACACGACAGAGUCGGAAAGGGGUGCAUAUGUGUGUAGAGCGAUCAAUGAUUAUGGACAAGUGGAUACGAGCGCUAUCGAUGGAGAAAAACCGGCGAUGUUCGUCUCAAGACCUUCCAAGAAAUCGAUCGAUGUGAUCGUUGGCGAAGACAUCAGUAUAUCUUUCCGAGUCAGCGGUAUCCCUAAGCCUCGAAUAAUAUGGAUGAAAGGAUUAACAGACAUUACGGGUGGACCAAGAUCGUACAAAGAGAGUAUUGAUGAUUAUGUCAGAUUAAUAUUAAAAAGAGUUAUACCUUCUGAUGAAGGUACCUAUUGCAUUUUGGUUAAAAAUAGAUAUGGCUGUGACAGAAGCUUCUUCUCGAUCAAGGUAAAGCAACGUGCUAGGUCACUGACUCCAUUAUCAGAUUGGAAUUCUGUUACUGACCGCAACGCAGAAGAAUACGACAACAAUAUGUCCCAUGUGAGGAACGUGCCCGGUCCGAUUAGUAGCGAACCUAUUGUUAUCGAUGGUGGAAAAACCUGGCUAUCAUUGAGUUGGGGUAAAGCAGAAAGAAGAGGACCUGUACCGGUGAUCGCUUAUAAAGUCGAAGCUUGGCUAUUAGGUAGUGACGGAGGUGCACGAUGGGUAGAGCUGGGAGUUACGCCAAUCAACGCAUUCGACGCAUUCAAUUUGCGACCAGGUGGAGAAUACAAAUUUCGCGUAACACCGCGAAAUCGUUACGGAUGGGGCGAACCAGUUACGAUGACGAAUUCAGUAUUGGUGACCGAAAGUACCGAUCUUCCAGAAUUCACAAAAAUUCUACCAGGUCAAUUAAAGGCUCUUGAAGGAGCGCCGGUAAAAUUGGAAUGUGAGAUUCGCGGUGAUUCCAAAAUGGAAAUACGAUGGUAUCGAGAAGCAAUGGAAAUUAAUCCAUGCAAUGAUUCAAGAUUUGCGAUACAUUAUAAUGGUUCUAAAUGUUCUUUGACAAUCGCAAAUAUUAAAGAGGAUGAUUCCGGAAGAUACAUUUGCGAAGCAAACAAUCGGAUCGGUAAAGUGUCGUCGUUCGCUAGAAUUCUCGUUGUUACUGAUCCAAAAAUUAUCGAGGCCGAUGCUAAACUUAAAACGAGUUUGAGCAUCGAACCGGAAGACAGACCACCACACUUCACCAUGAGGAUACGCGACAGGCGAGUGCAAACAACUUAUCCGGUAAGACUUACUUGUCAAGUCAUCGGACAUCCCGCUCCAGAGAUCACUUGGUACAAAAACGGAACGGAAAUCUCUCAAGAUGAUCGCCAUAUCUUUUGGGAUGAUGACUCAAACUUUCAUACUCUGGAAAUAAUUCAUUCCACUCUUGAAGAUUCUGGAUGUUACAUGGUGACAGCGAGGAAUAUAAACGGCUCGGUGUCUUGUCGAUGUAUCCUCGUCGUAGACAAAGGAAUUCGAGCCUACAUCGCACCGGAAUUUCUUCGAGAUCUCAAUGCUGCUUACGCGAUUCAUUUGGGUGGUGAACUACGAAUGUCGGCACAACUCGAAGCUUAUCCAAGUGUUGGUGUCGUCUGGCAUCGCGAUGGUAUUCGCCUGCGACCUAGUAGAAGAGCGAUAAUGACAUUGAGCCACGAUGGUGCCGUCCAAUUUUCUCUGGCUAAUGUUACUAUGCGAGACGCAGGAGUUUACAGUUGCACUGCAACGAAUGUAGUCGGUCAAACUGAGACAUCCACCAGAGUAGCUGUUACGGCCCCGAUUCAGGAUCAGUCGUCCAUUGAUGAAUCAUUCAAUGUUACGAGCACCAGUCCAGAUAUACCAUAUUCGAAAGAGCCUCUUUUUGUCACGAAACCUUUAUCAACUGAAGCGAUCGAGGGCGAUACCGUUAUUAUUCUUUGUGAAGUGGUCGGAGAUCCUAAGCCGGAAGUAAUAUGGCUGCGCGAUUUUCUUAAGCCCGACUAUUAUAAGGACGCACCUCACUUCCGGUUAGUGGGUACAGGGCCACAAUAUCGACUGGAAAUACCUUACGCUAAACUCGAUUUUACUGGAACAUAUUCCGUGAUAGCUCGCAACUGCCAUGGGGGAGCUAAAGCUGUAAUUUCUUUGCAGAUCUAUGCAAAAGGACAAGGCAAAGAGGAACAAACGCAGAAAUCGCCUCACGGAAAAGUAUUGACACUGCCGAUUAUAAAGAGAGAAUUGCGAGAUCUUCGGUGUUGCGACGGCGACGCUGUCUCCUUGGAGUGUAAGGUUUAUGCCACACCAGAAGCACCUUUGGUUCGUUGGGAACGUGGUGGCAAAAUUAUAGCCAUGGUGGGCGAUUUUGCUGCCGAAUUCGACGGUGAAAUGGCACGAUUAAAUAUCCAACAUGUCUAUCCCGAGGAUGAAGGAGAAUACACGUGUGUGGCUUACAACGACCUUGGAAAAGCAUAUACAUCAGCCUGCUUAGUUGUAGAUGUCCCCGAGGGAAAAGAAAAUAUAUUGAGCCAAAGAUUGACGAGGCCAAUGGGUCUACUGUCAGCAGGAUCGACUCCAAGAUCGACACCACGAUCGACGCCUAUUAGAAGCUUGUCACCGGCAGUUUCUCACGGGCGCGAAUUCAGAUCACCGCAAGUUUUGCCGCGAGGCGGAACAUCAAAGAGGCUAAAGGUUUGCCCGCCGAAAUUUUAUGCAGUGCCGCACAAUCGUCUGGUUCAGGAAGGCGAAACUGUGCGUUUCCAAUGUGCCAUAGUUGGUCAUCCCGUGCCCUGGAUAAGAUGGGACAAGAAUGGUGCCAUUGUAACACCGAGCACGAGAAUCUCCAUCAAAGAACGGGAUGACGUUAAGAUACUUGAAAUCACCGACGUAAUGCAAGAAGAUGCCGCUCUCUACAGAGUGAUAGCAGAAAACGAUUUUGGUCGAAUUGAGGCCAGUGCUCGUCUUGAAGUAAUAAAUCGGUAUGAAUCGACGAGUCGAACUAUCAGAACUAGAAGUGCCUCACCUAGAACAUAUCCUUCGUUUGACCGAAGUCUUCUUUCGACUACCAGUAGAAUAAACAGCCGUUUACAAUUGGAAUGCCGCAUAAAAGGAACGCCGAGCGUAACGUCAACGUGGUAUAGAAAUGGACGACCGUUGGAACGAUCCUCUAGAAUAAAGAGAUAUUUCGAUGGCACAACUGCCAGAAUCGAAAUAUCAAAAGUGAAAGCCAGUGACGCGGGUGAAUACACCUGCGUAGCGACUAAUAUUCUUGGAUCAAUGAGAAACAGUUGUCAGGUAACUGUAUUAGAUCCCCAUGACACGUCUAUCGCGGACAAGAAUCCACCACAAUUUCUGCAAUUAUUGCCGAAAGAGUCAAUUGUCAUGGAGAAUCAUUGUCACGAAUUUCAAACCGGAGUCACAGGUACACCUCCUUUCACCAUUACUUGGUCCAAGGAUGGUCGCGAAUUACCUGACAAUAAUUGUUAUAAAUACGUUGUGUACGGAGAUGGAGGUAUUGCUCUCAGAAUAUCGAAAGUUCGUCCACAAGAUGCUGGUGAAUAUACCUGCAUUGUACGGAACGAUUUUGGUACUGCGUCCUGCAGUAGUCUUUUUGCUGUGCAAGACUACAAAGACGCUUCCAAAUUACCGCUUCAAUUUACAAAAACUCCGUUAUCAGUUAUUGCCACAAAAGGCACUACCGUUUGUUUUUGUGCCAGAGCGCAGUGCGAGAAAACUAUAGAAAUUAUUUGGACAAUAAAUGGAAAAAAUGCUCGAGAAAAUUCAAAAUGUAAAAUUGAAAAAGAUGGUAAUGUCAGCAUCUUAAGAAUACGUGACAUAUCAUUACGCGAUACAGGAGAGAUUCGAUGCAUAGCUUCCGUGAAUGGAAGGGGUCCAUCCAUCAGUUGCAUUGCCAAGCUGCAGUUACAAAAUUCGUUAUACGAUUUCAAUGACUUUGUGACGAAGUCUGAAGAUAUUCAAUCUCAUGCAGAGGCCAAUACUAAUCUUGGUGGCAUGCGGGAAAAAGUGGGGAAACUAUCGUCAUUAAAAUGUCGACAUGACGAGAAGUCGCUAACGCGUACCAGAUCAUAUUCGUUUCCUCGAUCUACUUUAUCGUCUACUAAGCAUAUUUCCCCUUUGCCAUUAAGAAAGCGUACUUGUAAUAAUGCGUCAAUUGAUAUGCAAAAAUCACGAUUUGCGGAAGAUUUAUCGGUACAAAGUAUUAUAAAGAAAAAUUUAGACAGUAACCUUUUCGAACUUUCGAAAGAUCAAAGAUUAUCAUCUUUAUUAAGUGAUGAAGAAAAUAUAAUAUAUACUGAUAUUUCCGUAAAGUUAUUAUCGCCAAAGAAAACGGAACAAUUCUGUCAUCAGAAUAUUGACUCUGUACCGAACAAAGAACAUGUGGAAUCGCGUUCAGAGAAGUUGAUAAAAGCUACGAUAAUAAAAGAACCAACUGACAUAAAUGUACUUAGAGGAAGCAGGACAGUACUCAAAGUAACUUAUCAAGGAUAUCCCGAACCAACGGUCAAGUGGCUUCGAGUGAAUCGAGAAUUGCGAUCAGGCGAGAAAAUUGGGAUAGUCAACAGGGAUGGUGUAUCUUACCUGACCCUAGACGAUGUGACAUACGAUCACGCUGGAAAAUACCAAGUCUCAGUGGAAAAUUCGUUAGGCAAAGAUCGAAGAUUCUUCAGCUUAGCUGUGGAAGGUCCACCCGAAGCACUAGCGGAUAAACCGAGUGUAAACUUCAGCGCUGGUCAAACAACGAUCGUUUGGCGAUCUCCACCUUAUGACGGAGGCCGUACCGUAAUCGGAUAUACUGUGGAAGCAAAACGCGCUGGUGAAACCACGUGGACGAUAAUUGCCAAGUCUUGUCAUUCGCUGAGUCACACGGUAGCAACAACUGAAAGGAAUUUCGUGACACCGGGUGAGAGUUACUAUUUCCGUAUCCGAGCUGAAAAUAUCCACGGACUCAGUGAUCCUAGCAUGGAAUCUGAUCCUGUCAGAAUCCCAAAACAAGAAGAAACAAUGCUUCAGGAGGAAGAAGACGAAUUCGAGCCGAGCUUUGAAGCUCGUUUAGUAGUACCGGAAGAGGGCAAACUUUUUGCCGAAAGAUACGACGUUUUCGAGGAAUUAGGAAAGGGCCGAUAUGGCGUAGUGAAAAAAGUCAUCGAACGACCGACAGGCAUGAAUUUUGCUGCCAAGUUCGUUAAAACGAUCAAAGCGAAAGAUCGCGAGCAAGUCCGCGAAGAAAUUAAAAUUAUGAACGCAUUAAGGCAUCCUAAACUUCUACUACUGGCUGCUGCUUACGAAAGUCCUCGUGAAACAGUGCUGAUCACGGAAUAUAUUUCAGGUGGAGAGUUGUUCGAGAGAGUAGUGGCCGACGACUUUACUUUAACCGAAAAGGACAGUAUUCUCUUUAUGAGGCAAAUUUGCCAAGGAGUCGAAUAUAUGCAUGAAAAUAAAAUCGUACAUCUAGAUUUGAAACCAGAAAAUAUUAUGUGCCGUACGCGAACUUCUCAUCAAAUUAAACUGAUAGAUUUUGGAUUGGCUCAGGCUUUAAAAUCUGAUCAACCGGUUAGAGUACUUUUUGGUACACCGGAAUUUAUUCCACCGGAAAUUAUAAGUUACGAACCUAUCGGCACUGAGUCGGACAUGUGGAGCAUCGGUGUAAUUUGUUAUGUUCUAUUGACCGGCCUAUCGCCAUUCAUGGGAGACAAUGAUGCUGAAACUUUCGCCAACAUCACACGAGCGGAUUACGAUUUAGAAGACGAAGCUUUCGAUGCUAUUUCAAAUGACGCUAAAAACUUCAUCAGUGGUUUACUUAUUAAACGAAAAGAAUUACGUAUGUCGGCUAUUCAGUGCUUGGAACAUCCGUGGAUGAUACAACAUGCUACGGCUAUGAGCAGAGUAGUUUUGCCGACAGAAAAACUAAAGAAAUUCAUCAUACGAAGAAAGUGGCAGAAAACAGGAAAUGCCAUUCGCGCAUUGGGUAGAAUGGCAAUUCUUUCGGCACAUAAUAGACGUAGUCCCACAACAACAGCAGAAUCAUCGCCUACCCUUGAAAAACGUUUCGAUAGCAUCGAGAUGCAAUAUUCUGAUGGAAUUAAAUCAAUUUAUGCUGCUGCUGAUAAAAAUACGGAGCAUGAUGAGACAAGCACGGAAAAGGACUCUGAUGCUGAAGCGGAAUCGCAGACAGAUUUACAUUCCACGUGUGUGACGGAAGUAAAUGUGAGAAUAGAAAAAACAUCGACGAAGGAAGGAAGUAGCUUGGAUGAUCUUUCAAAGCAGAUGAAUAUUGAAAAAGAGAUGCCUAGAUUAGAUACCGAAUUAAUACCAAAGGCAGAAGACAUGCCACAAAACGUCACGGCGCAUUUAGAGAUUUUAAUAUCGAAAGGAAAUAAAGAAAGCGACAAAGAAGUAAUCGAUAAAUCUUCUGAAAUAGAACAACAUAUGAUUCUAAAAUCGCAGACGUUGCACAAGGUGUUUCGAGGCGAUUCGCGCGAUUCAGGAAUAGGUGAUUGCAGCUCGAGUCUGGUGACUUCUUCAUUACAAGUAGAUGAACUGGGAAUGGUGUCCACUAUCGAAGAAGAAAUAGAUCAUGAGACUCACAACCGAGAAAGCAAACGAACAUUGAAAAGAGAAGAAAAUCGGUCAAGUUCAACGGCAGGAAUCUUAGCAAAUUUAGUGCAAGACAAGAAAUCUUUUCCUAGGGACACGGAAAUUAAUGCGGACGAUGGCAAGGUAGCUACAAAGAGUGACGUGACUAAAGCUUCGUGUGAAACUAAUCCUGUGCGGAAAGUUAUCAACGAGAAUACGAACACAAGGAUAUUAAGCAGACAUAAUCGCGACAAAUUUCUUCCAACCGGAAACGUAAGUCGUACGGCCAAGAUAUUCGAAAAGGAAAGUGAAAGAUCAAAUUCGAACAAUUCGCAAGUUUCAAUGGUACAGCGUGCAUAUCCUGCCGGCAUAAUCACAGGAAAGCCGCACAACGAGAGAAUACAGAAAGCUUUCGCAUUUUGGAACAAAUAAGAUGUCUUUUGAAAUACACAUUGAAUAAUACAAAUUGAAGUAAAUAUAUAUCAUCGUAUCAAUUUCAAGUGAAAUAGAAACAUAUUGUUUGCGAGAAGUCACAAAUAUAAAGUAGAAAGAUUGUACUUUAGAUACGUAUAAAGGCGCCCGCGCGUGAUAUGCAAUACAUUAAACACAACUGAUUGUGAAUAAUUCUUGCACGUUUUUAACAUUGAAAAUUAAAUUUAAAUUGUUUUAUCAAUUAUGUUAACAAAAAUCUGAUCUGAUGGAAAAUAUAUAUAACUUAUUGUUAGAAUGAGCGAUUAUUCUCGUGGAGAAUUUAUGCAAGCAACAAUUUAUAAUUUUUAUUAAUCGUGUCGCAGUCAACGGAAAAAUUAUAUUCUCAAAAUUUUUGUAUUUUUUAGUUUUUUAUUUAAAGGCUAAUUGUAAUUGCAUCUACAAAUUGAAAGAAAUACUUUUGCUCUAUUGAAAUAUAAUAAGUAGAUAUACAUAUAUUGUCACUUUUUAGUUUCAAAAA